CGAGUUUAAUAGAGCAAGGUCCCCAUACGCCUGUAUUAUCAGCAAUAUAACAAUUAUAAAAAGCCCGAGAAUCAUCAUCAUCACUGCCAUAAAAACUGAGGCCCUCAGAUUUCUCUCCCUCUUUCCCUCCUCCUCCCCCCCUUCCCGCUUUUUAAACGCGGGCCCUGGAAAAGCCAUGAAUUUUGAAUUUGAGAGGGAGAUCGGGUUUAUAAAUAGCCAGCCUUCUCUCGCAGAGUGCCUGACGUCUCUUCCCGCUGUCCUGGAGACAUUUCAAACUUCAUCAAUCAAGGACUCGACAUUAAUUCCUCCUCCUUUUGAGCAAACCGUCCUCAGCCUGAAUCCUUGUUCCAGCAGCCAGGCAAGACCGAGGAGCCAAAAAAGAGCAUCUCAUGGCCUGCUUCAACCCCAGCCUCCGGUACAGCCCGGCCCCUUGGCAGCGGAAUUCCCCUGGAUGAAGGAGAAGAAAACGUCCAAGAAAACUACCCAAGCUCCAUCCUGUUCUUCAUCCUCUUCCCCCCCAGCAUCAUCCUCAGUGCCGGUGCCUGCCGCAGGAUCUCCUGCAGACAUUCAGGGGCUCGCCGACGCCAGCGGCUCGAGGAGGCUCCGGACAGCCUACACCAACACGCAGCUCCUGGAGCUGGAGAAGGAAUUCCACUUCAACAAAUACCUCUGCAGGCCCCGGCGGGUCGAGAUCGCGGCUCUGCUCGACCUCACCGAGAGGCAAGUCAAGGUCUGGUUCCAGAACCGGCGGAUGAAACACAAGAGGCAAACCCAGCACAAGGAGCCCGCCGACGGGGACCUCGCCUACCCGAACCCGGACGAGGGCAGCGACCCCGCGGACGAGGCUGAGGAGAGCCCCGCUUUGGGCCGGGCUCCGGCCCCGCGGGGGCCCCUCCGCCGCAGAGAGCGGCGCGGCGCGGAGCCCGGGAGCGCGCGGCGCGGCGCGGCCGCGGCCGGCCCCGCGGCCGCUGCCUUUCCCUCAGGCGAGCACUCGCCUUUGCUGCCAGACCUGAGCAUCUUCUCGGCAGAUUCCUGCCUGCAGCUCUCGGAGGGGCUUUCCGCCAGCCUCCAGGGCUCCUUGGAGAGCCCUGUCCACUUCUCCGAGGAAGACCUGGACUUUUUUACAAGCGCACUUUGUACUAUAGAUUUGCAACAUUUAAAUUUCCAGUAGCAAUCUCCACUCGCCACUUGCCUCUCUGUUCCUGCCCCUUCCAGGGAAACACACGCACAAACCGCUCCCGAGCCACAGCCAGCUGCCCCCAGUCCCCUUUGGGGGGGGCACCCUAAAAACAUAGCCCAAGUCGUUAUUCAUUCAUUCAGCCCAUCUCGUCCCACGGAUAUUUUAUUUUAAAACUCUCCACAACGUGGGACACGAAUCAGCCUCCCAGGAUGUAUUCUAACAGAUUCACGUAAAAGAAUACCAUAAUUUUGACUAAAUUCAGGCAUUUAAUUACAGUUCUUUUUUUCUUAUUUAUUUUUAAAGAAAGCAUCCAAUAGUCCUCAUGCACAUCAGAGAUACCGCCCCAAGAGAAAACGUUUGUAAAUCCUUCAAGUGAAUUUCUCAGGAAUCAGAACGAGACUUUUAGAUUUCUUAAUAAAAUUUUAAAAAUAGGGGAAAUUUCUUUCCUCGUUUUAAGUUUUAGAGGUAGACUAUUUAUUCAAAUCCUUUAAUAGUAAAUGACAAAUUAUUUAUUGUACAUUAUU